AGAGAGUCCCUAGCAACCGGAGAACAGGAGAGCUGUUGCCAUGGCACUCCGCAGAGGGACGCAGCAGGAGGAGGAGGAGGAGAGCGAGCCGGGCGGCGCGGAGGCCACCAUGAAGGUGCAAGGUGGAAAGGACAUUCGGGAUCAAAUCCAGGAACUGCGAGCCAUCAUACGCCUGCAGGAGCAAGGCAGGGUCCUACACACCCAGUCGUCCAAGCAGCGAGUGAACCAGAACAAGGAUACCGUCGGCCUCCUGCGGGGCAGCAUCCGGCAACGGACACGUGAAUGGCAGAUGGCCAGAAAGCAUGAUGAGAGGUCCAUCUCCUGGGCCUUUCGCGAAGAGCAUCUGCUGAAACUAGCCACGAACAAGACUUCCAUGGAGAGCGUGCAGCAGAAACUGCAGAAGUAUAUCUACGACCGGGUGAAGGUGCACGACGCCCUGGUUCAUCUGUUGCGGCGGCGGGCCGCGGUGCUGGAAGACCUGCAGCGGGAACUGCUCAGGCUGCGACGCCUGGAGGAGCCCAGCAAGGAGACCGAGCUGCAGCACCAAAGGAUUCGCCAGCUGGAGAACAGCAUCGAGAAGAUGGAGAUGAAGUGCAGCUCUGCCCAGAGCAUCCACCAGAUGUAUGAAAACUCUCUGGCAUCCCUGAAACAGGAACUGGCCAGCUACCCUUCCAAGCUGAGCAACAUGGCGAACAUGGUGGGCGCCUACCAGAGUGCACUUCAAGACAUGACCCAGAUGGCCCAGGAGACCAUCGAGAUCACGGAGGUGACCAAGUUGGAUGCGGCCAAAGCGGAGACGGCUCUCAUCGCGGAGCACGAGGCUCAGGAAAGCCAGCUGAACGCCCAGAAGAAGCAGGUUGACAAGGCCUGGGUGAGAGACACCGGCGAUCGCCACCGGCAGCAGUCCAGGAGAGAUACUGACUUCUCGUUUCUUGGCGAGGAUCUUACCAAAGGAAAGAACCCGGAACCUUCCAAAUCCCAGAUGGAAUAUGAAGCCCAGAUUAUUUCUGAAGUGGAAAAGGUCAAGACCGCUGUACCAGUGUUCAAAACGUCUGGGUAAGGCCACUGGCUUCAC